AUGCAGAGCCGGCUGCUCGAGUUCUCCGAGCACGCGAUCUCCAACUAUGUGGUGCAGAACUUCAUCUCGCAUGUGCCGAAUGCGGCGUACGCCGACAUUGUCCUCGACGAAAUGAAGGACGCGCUCUGGACGCUGCUCUCGAUGCACCGCCCGGGUGUCAUCUGGCGUCUCGCCGAGUGCUGCGUGCGCUUCAAGCUCCACUUCGAGCGCUUCUUCAACUCGCUCACGGCCGCAGUCGCCAAGCAGGAGAGCAAGAAGCCCGCGGCGGUGCAGAAGGACGUGGUGCCGGCACUGAUCGCGCUCGAACUCUCCAACUCGCAGAAUGCCAAGCUCUCGCUCAACGUGGCCGGCGCGCGCAUCGUCGAGACGCUGUUGCAGUUCCCCGCGAGCAUCACGGCGCCGCUUGUCAAGAGCAUCCUCGGCUUGAAUGCGCUGCAGCUUGUCGCGCUCUCCAAGGACUCGGUCGGCAGCCGCUGCCUCGUGGAGCCCAUCUGGAACAGCGAGAACGACGAGGCCAAAAUCGAGCUCUUCAACAAGUUCAAGGGCCAGUUUGGCACGCUCGCGAUGGACCGCAACGGCGCCUUCUCGGUCAUCAAGUGCUUCAACACCAUGUCGCUCGAGUACAAGACGAUGAUCGCGGAAGAGCUGUCGUUCAUGGACGCCAAGCUCGUCGGCAACCAUUUCGCGUCCAUGGUCCUCACCAACUGCAACGUGCACGAGUUCAAGACGAACGAGGAAAAGUGGCGGUCGACUUAUGAGCGCAAGCGCAAGGUCAAGGAGCUCUUCUCGGACCUCGUCGACGAGACAUCGUCCACGAAGAAGGACAAGAAGCAGAAGAAGGACAAGAAGGCAGCCAAGAAGGUCGUCUCCGAGACGACGGAACCCAAGGCCAAGAAGGCCAAGAAAGCCAAGAAGGCCAACUAA